GUGUAGCAACAGAUGAGCUACUGACUUUACAUCUGUAAGGUGGAGCAACAAGGUAGGUGUAUCUAAUAGAGUGGACAGUGAUUGAACACAGUGUUUGAUCCACACGUACCAGUGCGACACACACUAGCAUACCACAGCCAGCUCACUGUCACUGCAGUACUGAGAAUGAUUCACCACCCUGUUGUUUGGGUGCCCUGCCCAUUGGAGGACAGGGUACAAGAAAAAUAAUGAGAAAAGAAAGAAUGCUGAGAAACAGAUGGACUACAGUCUGUAAUUAUAGAACUACAAAGUACACCUAAAUGCCAGAAGCUUUAGUGUCAACAAGGCCGAAGCAAUGCUUAGAAAGCAUAUGGAGUUUCGCAAACACAUGAAGGUGGAUUCAAUCUUAGAGGACUGGAAGCCACCUGAGGUCAUUGAGCAAUAUGUGUCUGGUGGGAUGUGUGGUUAUGAUCGAGAGGGAAGUCCUGUCUGGUAUGACGUGAUUGGGCCUCUAGACCCAAAGGGCCUUCUCAUGUCUGCCUCCAAACAAGAUUUUCUCAGGACCAAGAUCAGGGACUCAGAGUUCCUACGAAGAGAGUGCUUAAGGCAGUCUGAGAAGCUUGAAAAACCUGUGGAGUCCAUCACUCUUAUCUAUGACUGUGAAGGCCUUGGCAUGAAACAUAUGUAUAAGCCUGCUGUUGAAGCCUAUGGAGAAAUUCUGACCAUGUUUGAAGACAACUAUCCUGAAGGCCUAAAAAGGGUUCUUGUUAUUAAAGCUCCUAAAAUCUUCCCUAUUGCCUACAACUUGAUCAAGCAUUUUCUAUGUGAAGAAACACGGAGAAAGAUUAUUGUGGUUGGGUCCAACUGGAAAGAUGUAUUGCAGAAGUAUGUGGCGCCAGAUCAACUGCCUGUGGCCUAUGGAGGUUUGCUGGAGGACCCAGAUGGGGACCCUUAUUGUAAAUCUAAGAUUAAGUAUGGUGGUGUGGUGCCAAAGUCCUACUACAUUCGAGACUCCGUUAAAGUGCAGUAUGACAACUUUGUGACCAUCAGCCGUGGUUCCGACCUCCAGCUGGAGUAUGAAGUUCUCGUCCCAAACUGCUUAUUACGAUGGCAGUUUGCUAGUGAUGGGGCCGAUAUCGGUUUUGGCAUCUACAUGAAGACUAAAGCAGGUGUGAAACAGAAAGUUGGAGACAUGCAGGAGGUGUUUCCAACAACACGUUACAAUGCUCAUCUGGUGCCAGAGGAUGGGUCCUACACCUGUGAAGAGCCAGGCAUUUAUGUGAUACGAUUUGAUAACACCUACAGUAUGCUUCAGUCAAAGAAGAUAAGCUUCUCAGUGGAUGUUGUUCUACCUGAAACACACACAAACUCAGAAGGCCAGGCAUGAGGGCAGACCAGAGAAAGAAGACUUCACAUACCCAGCACCAGACAAGAUUACUAUCUGCUUUAGUAGUGAUGUCAAAACAAACUUAGACUUAUACCACAAAAUAAGGCUGGAUGUAUUUGUAAGAACAUUGUUGGGCAUUGAAAAACUAGAAGUAUUAAUAAAUAUAUUAAUGAAUUAUAAUUAUAACUUAAGCACAAUUGCAGAAAGUUCUGUGUAUCAAGUAUAUGAUUCAACUAGCUGAGAUUGUCUACCAGGUAGAGUCUAAAAUGUAAACUGGCUCCUUUUCAAGUUUACAACCUCUUUCAGGUCAAUGAAGAAUUUCUGGUAUUAUCUUUUUGGGAUCAAUAAUAUUAAGAAGCAGCAAAUGUCCACAGAUAUUUAUUUUGCAAUAUUAUGAAUUAAUAAUGACUUUAAUGUUUAGUUUUUGAACAUUGUUGAUAAUUUGUUUGUUAUAAUUAUUUGCCAAUCAGUAUUAAAAUCUUUGCAUCAA